AUGUCGUCGUCAUCAACCAUCGUGUCGACCGGAUCGACGACUACGUCGUCACCCUCCUCUUCAACCACUUCAUCAAAUAGAGGAGGGGGAGGCAUGUCUUCUUCACUUUAUCUAUUCACAUUCCUGAUCACAAUCGUAGUUCUUGGUCUUAUCUCCGCUGCCCUCCUACUUCGGGCGUUUUACAUCCGUCGAGCUUUUCAUCGAAGAGUCGAAGAAGCUCUACAGAGAGGUGAAGCAUUACCAGAAGAAGCUAUGACCGCUCUUGGUAUGACUCGACCAACCAAAAAGAAGAGAAUAGGACCCACACCAAAUCUUUGGGAGACCGAGCUGCUUCAUCCCGAUCCACACCCUUCUGACGAAUGGGAAUCUUUCACUCCACUCGGUAUGGUUCGUUUUCCCCCAAAUAUCGAAUCAACACCGCCCCCAGUCCAGACUCUACCUCCAUUUCAACCUAUAACUAGAAACUUCUUUCGGUCCGUCUUCCGACCCACAGCCCCUCUACCCCUUACAAGACGCACCGACCCUGUGCAACCUCUCGCGGAAGACCCGGAAGAAAGGAGCGGUCCCGCCUUCGAACUUCCAGAAUAUGGAGAGAAAGUCGUUCUAGGAGUCUUGAUUUCCUUACCUAGUGAAAGUCAGGUCAAUUGGACGAAAGAAACGGAUGAGGAUAACGUCGAGAUACCUGAAGUCUGUUUAGGUGUCAGUAUGGCUAGAAUAAGCGAAUGA